CUUCUGAAAAACUAUUCAUUUCAGCUUCAGUCUUGGCCCUCACACCCCGUACAGCUCUUGUUAACCCUGCGGCAUUUAUUUUCUAUUUUGCAUCUAUUUGAAACUCUACUAAGCUCAUUUCUUUAUCCAUUUUUAUCACUUUUUCUUCUUCUCCAAAAGAGAUUUUUUUGUUUUUUUGUUGGGAAAUUCUGCCUGGUAUUAGGAGUGUUUGCCUGCCAGCAUGGCACUGGGCGGUUCGCAGUCUGAUGUGAAGGUCUCACUGAACGGCAGUGUGGAUUUAUAUCAAAGCUGGUUCGGUCCAACAACCCCACGUCCUCCUCUACAAAAUUACCUGUUUCUUACCAUCCUCACCUGCUUCUGCCCAGCUUACCCCAUCAACAUUUUGGCCCUGGUGUUCUCUGCUAUGUCCAGAAACAGUUAUGAUCAGGGAGAUUAUGAAGGUUCGAGACGUUUAGGGAAGAUGGCCCUCUAUGUAUCUAUCGCCUCCAUAAUCAUUGGCCUCCUCAUCAUCACCAUUUUCUGUGCUGUGCAUUUUACCACGAAAAAUGUUUAGGAAGAUGGUAGUUUUGUCCUGCUGUCCCCUGAGCGGUGGAAGCCCAUUCAGCCUGUGUCUCUUGAACUACUUGGAGUUGAAACAGAGGUUUUCAGUAUAAACCCAAACAAGACUGGACAUCAACUCUCCUCAGAUCUGCUCUCUACCUCUGCAUGAACAAAGAGAGUUAGAGGACAGGGCUUCAUAAAAAUAUAUGUCAUUGCUGUCUUAUCAGUUUGUUUUCUAAAACAAUGAGGGCAGGAAAAGUCCCUUUGCCAAGAAAACAAGAAACCCAAAAGUUGAACUCUUAAUUGUUUACAGACAGACACUAAUAAUUACCUACUUUCAAUAUAUGCACUUUAAAAUCAGUAAAUAUUAUAAGUUGUUUUAAGUGGGCAAGAUGAAUCCAUGCAAAUACUGAAUAUGUAAAUAUUAAUCUGUUUUGGUGAACAAUCUCAUGAAAAUUACGUGACUGUUGCAACAGUUUUGCAAAAUGCUAUUAAAUGGUUCCUGACACGUAUUGCGGCAGUUCCGGGGUGAAAUGUCCACUGCGUGGCGCUAUAAGCGAGUUAAAUGUUCUGCCAAACAUAUGAGGAUUUUAAGGUUAAUGCUUUAUUGAGAUUUAAAUGAACAAAACCUUCCUCCCUACCCUAAACCUUAAACCUAAACCUAACCGAUGGUAUCCGAAAAAGCAAAUGUGAGAUGAAAAACGCAACUGCUAAAGCAACUAUGUCAUUUUGUGGUGCUUCUAUGAUACUUUCGCUCACAUGUCGAGCAAUGUUCAUUUCCCCAGGAAACUGCAGUGAUAUGUACAAUAAGGCACAUAUAAAAAUUAUUUAGAAAUUGUUGGUAUAGUAAUUUGAUUCUAUGAGACCAGGUUGCAAAUAAUAAGAUGUCUUACUUUUUAUAACGAAUGCUUGUGUUUUUGGAGCAUACUGACUGGGCUCCAUAUGUAUUUGAGCUUGAAAAGAUUCUCCAUUUGUUACUGUAUUGUAGUAUGUAUUGUUUGUGUAUUGUCAAAAGUGGUUCAUUUGGAAUAAAACUAUUUGAUUACACAAACAUUU